AUGGGUUUAGGGUUUAGGGUUUGGGGUUCAAGAGUGCUGGUUUUGCUUUGUUUAAAGUCAGAGUGUUUAGCAUCUUCCAGCUUGGAAAUUGCCAACUUGCCCGCUUAUCAGUCCAUUGCGCUCGCCAUGGCCGAGCGAACCAUCCCUAUUGCUGUGAACCUGCUGAGCGGUGAGCACGUCUGCGACAUCGUGGCCGCACACACGUGGACCGUGCGCCGUGUCAAGGAGGCCAUUGAUCACAAGUUGGAUGGGGCCGGCACCUCCCCACUGACCAGGCGAGCCGUCAAGAUGAACCUCUGCAUCAAGGAGCAGCUGUUCCCGGAUCGUGCCUUGCUCGGUGACGUGGUCGCAGCAAGCGCGGGUGUGGAGGUCUUGCAGACGACGCUCGUGGCAAGCGGAAGGUACGACGGCACCUACAAGGCCGAGGUCCCAUACAACGGGUCGUUUCUGUUUCAGAUUUCGAGCUCCUCGGUGCAGAUGCUACACGGCGAGAUUUACCCAGAGGAGGCUUCGGAGAUUCACUGGGACAAGGUGGACCCAAAGAAGUGUAGCUUCACCGUGUUCAAGAGGGGCACUUCGGAGUGGGCGCAGAUUAAAACGCACAAGAAACAUACGGAUGAGGAGGGGCUCAGGGAGACUUUCGAAAUUGAGUUCCUGGGUGAUGAGAAAGAAUAUGGCUUCAUUGGCAAAUUUCAGCGCACCUAUGAAGGUCCGUUGGGCAUCGCAAGAGGCACCUGCAUCGACGAAUGA